AUGUCCAUGGGCGACGCCGACGCAAAAUUCCCCGGCCAGCACGGUGCAGGUCUGCCUCCCUCGCCUUCGCGAGAGAACCCCGGACAGGUCUUCCCGCAAUCCGACCCUAAGGCCGCAUCAACAGACUCCGUGCCAGGCACGGGCCGCGAUGUCCAGAUACGCACUGGGAAGGUGUUCAAGAAGGAGACGGAGCCGUCCGUGGUGAAGGAAGAGGGCGGGAUGUUCACCGACUGA